CUUGGGGCACCUGAGCGUCUUUUCACUUUGAGAGUUGCGAGUUCCUUCUUCCUUUACGUUAAGGUUUAAGCGCCUCUCUCUCUCUCUCUCUGUGUGUGUGUCGCCGCUGCUUCUGUGAAUAUAACAGAAUGAGUCGACGAGCGAAUCUUUCACUCAUGUUCUUCAGAAUUAGGCACCCUUUUCGCCCAUCCCCAAUACCCACUUCACCGAUUCCUUUCCCUCCAUCGAUUCACAUCAUGCCCACAUCAAAGUUCCACUCUUUUUCCAAAAUCACGAGAACCCACUUCGCGAUUCGGCAUGAUCUAAGGAGUUUCAGUGGUGGGUCCAGCGAGUUGGAUCAUAACAAGGAGGUGGACACCAUCAACCUCAAGUUUGCAGAAGCAAGGGAAGAGAUAGAGAUGGCUUUGGAGUCCAAAGACACCGUGUAUUUCGAUGAAGAAGCCGAGUGUGCCCGUGCUGCCGUCAAUGAAGUUCUGAGCAUGUUCGAAGGGUUGUUGGCUAGGUUGCCAGAGAAGGAUAGAGGAGCUUUGCAGAGGUCUAUGGGUCUCAAGAUUGAACAGUUGAAAGCUGAACUUCAACAAUUGGAUGAGUAAGAGAUUUUAAUAUUUGAUGGUUAUGAGUUAUGGUAGUAUUCUACUUCAACUCAAAGGAUGUAGGUGACAGAUUUUUAGGGUGUUUAAUUGGCUGUAAUUUUGAAUAAAUGCAUUGGAAGCCACCUCUCAAUGACUUAUUUGUGAAGAGUGACUAUUGAAGUUCUUCUUUAUUUAAAGGGCUGUUGCUAUU